GCAAAAGCUGUGCCGCCGUGUCAGUAUACGUUCAUCGAGGUAUCGGAGCAGCACGUUUCGCUCACGCAUCGGAGACGCCCGCUUGCUAUUGCCCCGUCCGUCGCCUAAAUCGAGAGCGGUUAGCUGCCCUGAGCCAUGGUCCCCAAGCCUGAAAACAAGCUGACCGCCUGGUACGUGAACGAGCCGGAAAAGGUGCUGGACGUCCAAAGGAUCCAGCAAAUCAUCGGGGAAGGCGCGGAGUUCUAUGAGGUGGCGGCUCGAAGUCCUUGGGCUCGGGUGGCAUCUUCGGCUUGCCGGACGGCCCAGAGCUGGUCUUCCAACUCCGAACUUUUGAGAGCGGCUUCCCAGCGACGGCGGCGCCGACGGGGAAGGUCUCCGGCGGCCCCCGCAGCUGGAGCGGCGUCGGGAAGAAGCGAGCUCGAGGCUUCCUAUACGCUGACUUCGUCGUACGAGGACGCCGCCGCCAUGCUGGAGCGUAUCAGGCAGAGGAAGAAAAUUCGCUACGAGGACCGCCUCCAUCUCUCGCCGCACAAGGACGACUACGUGAGCAUGACGGAGAUGUUCCGGCGUGAGCACAAGCACCCGGACCAGGAAGUGCGCUACUUUGAGCGUGGCACCGGCUUCCUGGACGUGCGCGACAAGUCCGACCGGUGGCUCCGCCUGCAGGUCGGCGCGGGCCACCUGCUUGUUCUGCCCGCGCAGAUAUACCACCGCUUCUCACCGGCAACGCAACAGGAGGAGAUAGUGGUUCACCGCCUCUUUGAAGAUGUAGACACCUGGACAGCGGACUUCAGGGAUGACCAAGGCAACCAGUGACACACCCCAUCCAUCUCUGUUUAGCUAUGCUGCUUGCGACUGCAUGGGGCAAGCACUGCUUUGUGUGCAUCUAACUGCACCUUUCACAAAGGUGGCAUCAUAUUUUCCACUUCAUUUAGCUCCUUCCGCCACACGCACCAAGUCACUAACAUCAGUGCAUCUCCCUUGUCCCAUGUGCUGCAACACCACCACGUGCAUGCAGGUUUGUUUAUUCAGCCAGCGACAAAUUUUUCAGACUUUAUCCUUCCAAACCUUAGAGUAGAAAGGGGGCACCUAGGUUUAUUUGCCUACAUUAUUCAUUAUCUGUUUCUGAAAUCUUAGGGCGCGGCUCUUGGGCACCCAUUCCUACGUCGGCAUAACUGAGCAAACACUGAAAGAUCGAACUUAAGAGAGCAAUGGCGGAUGAAAGGCAGCAAAAACAGAGCGCAAGAAGGAAAGCAGAGGAGGAAACCAGAAGCCAUCUUGAAGCACCACCAGAUGGCGCUCACAUCCGCAGGAACAGCCAUGCAGGAGAAAAAAAUAACAGAAAGCUUGCCUUCGCGCACAGUGUUCCCCACAAGCAUUUCCCGGUAAAGACUGAUUGCAUAAGCUGCAGUUGCCGAGAAGUGGUAACUGUGUGGCCGGACUAUAUAUAGUGCUAUGCAUCACAGCUCUGCAGCAAUCUGGGCGAUGCCUCAAUACAUGUAUUCAGCUGCACUCAAAUUUUGCAUUCGAAAGCCUCACAAUCGUUGAAUUUUUCGUACAUCUUAACACUGCAAACAUUUUGCACUGUUUCUUUUUCAUAGAAAUUUUGUGCAUUCUUCAUAAACGACACUUAUAACCGUCAUGCUAGUAGUUUUGUUUAGGCCCAGUCCCCAAAUAUCACAAAACAAAAUCAUACGAACACAUCUUAUGCAUGAUAGUACACAGGUAACCAUUAACACAGUAAACAGUCAAGCUCAGAUUGAAAUAUUGCUUAAAAAGGCACCUUGUCCUCUAGAUCAAAUGCCACAAGGCUCUGCAAGCAAUCCAUCAGAUACAGCAGUCAUGUGCACAUAUACUUUUAAUUAGACAACAAAUGUGCUUCUUGUUACUUAUGUGCAGCAAAACCCACUGUUUGUUUCUGCAGCCAGAAUAAACCAGUAUUCUUGCACCCCUUAACAAAA